AUGUGUUGUAACUACUACGGCAACUCCUGUGGCUAUGGCUGUGGAAACAGAUAUAGCUGUGGAUUCAGCCCCUAUUAUGGCUGUGGAUAUGGAACCAGAUAUGGCUGUGGAUAUGGGACUGGCUGUGGCUAUGGUUCAGGAUAUGGCUGUGGAUUUAACCCCUAUUAUGGCUGUGGUUAUGGAACCGGAUAUGGCUGUGGAUAUGGCUCUGGCUACCACAGCUAUGGGCCAAUCUGCUACAGGAGAUGUUAUUCUUCUUGCUGCUAG